CCCUCUCUCACCCUCCAUCUGUGGACGGGUGACAGAGCACCUGUUCCAGGACAGUGUGGCCCCCUCUGUUCCCUUUGCCCGGGCAGCAGGUCCCCAUCAGGGAGGGUGCCCGCUCCCCUGGAAGCCGCUGCACUUGUUAAUUCUACAGCUUUCUCCAAUCUGCGCCUGUGGCCUCUGCCAGCCAGCAGUGGGGAGUCGCUGGGGAGAGGAGGGGCGCGGCUGGGGGGGGGUCGCUCCUUCCUGCCCCCUCCCCCUCCCCGCGGCCUGGGAAAAGGCAGCAUAUUGAGGCUCGGGGCUCCCAGCAUCAGGCCCCGGGAUGCUAAUGAGGGCAAGCGCGUUCCCACAGCCCGGACAUUGUGCCGCGCGGCCCACCUGCUCCUCGGGGAGCGCCCAUUGUGCCCGCGCCAAUUCACAGGCAAUUUAGCGUGCGCUAAUGGGCCGGAGCCUUUGUGCGGCCCGCGCCGCCAUUGGCCGCCGAGUGUGGGAACAGCCGCGGCGCCCGGGCCCCAGGCGCCAGGCCGCCGUCCGCGCCUAUAUAGGGCCGGCGCACGGAGCUGUGUCCGCGCCAGCCCGGGACGCCUGGCCCUGCCUGCUCCGCUCCGCUCGUCUCUGGUCUCCUCCGCGGCAGGCAUGGCUCCCAGCACCGUAGCGGUGGAGAUGCUCAGCCCCAAGGAGAAAAACCGACUGCGAAAGCCGGUGGUGGAGAAGAUGCGCCGGGACCGCAUCAACAGCAGCAUCGAGCAGCUGAAGCUGCUGCUGGAGCAGGAGUUCGCGCGGCACCAGCCCAACUCCAAACUGGAGAAGGCCGACAUCCUGGAGAUGGCCGUCAGCUACCUGAAGCACAGCAAAGCCUUUGCCGCGGCAGCCGGCCCCAAGAGCCUGCACCAGGACUACAGCGAGGGCUACUCGUGGUGCCUGCAGGAGGCCGUGCAGUUCCUGACGCUGCACGCCGCCAGCGACACGCAGAUGAAGCUGCUCUACCACUUCCAGCGGCCCCCGGCUGCGCCCGCAGCGCCCGCCAAGGAGCCCCAGGCGCCCGGAGCUGCGCCCCCGCCCGCGCGCUCCUCGGCCAAGGCCUCCGCCGCCGCGCGCCAGCCCGCCUGCGGCCUCUGGCGGCCCUGGUGACCUGGCGACCGAUGGACGCCCCACGAGAACCAGAGGGCGAGCCCGUUCCUCUCGCGAGUAGGGAAGACCUUCCCAGCCGCAGUCCGGCCCCAGGUUGGACGCACCCUUCCCCGGAAGGCUCCCUCUCUAGGCUGGCGGGCCAGCAGGAGGGUCAUUCUCAGAGAAUGUGUGUGCAGAGGCGUUGUCAUUUUAGGAUAAUCAAGGCCCACCUUCUGCCAAGUGUCUGACCCCUUGGGGUUGUUCUGUGUUUGCAUUUCAGCAAGUGACUUCUGGGAAGUCCCCGGUCACCGGGGUUCUAUGAUAUUUGUAGGGUCAGGGGCUUGCCUGCUGGCACCCCAGCCUGUAGAGGACUUUCUUCAGGGCCCGUUGCUGCUGGGCAAGCACACCGCAGGCGGGCCGUGCUGUGGGCACACUUGCCUUUUGUGAAGGCGGAACUCCAGGUGUUAUCCUCAUAGGAAAGUAGUUCAGCCUGCAUGGACACCAAGGACCAUGGGUAUGGUCACAUGGGCUUGGUUGUCUGGUGGGAGCUCAUAGUGGGCUGUUUGGGGAGGGUGGGGUCUCCUUUAUGAUCCUUAAAGGAUUUCUCGUGUGGGUGGGUGCAUGUGGGCACGACUUUGUACUUAGAAUUUAAACUCAGUCACGUGGGAGUCCACGGAUUACUCUGAAAGCAUCUAAUAAAAUCUG